AUGGAAUCGCUGCCGGCGCCGUCGUCGCGUCAGUUGGUGCGCAGGCGCACUGGCCGCGAUGCGAUGACCUCAAGGAUCCAGCGGUGCAGGAGUCCCGCCUCUGCCUCCGCCGCUGCCCACGCGCCCAUGCGGAGCCGGCUUCCACCCCCCUCCCCCGGAAACAUCGCAGUGGUGCGGCCCACCGGCAGUACGGCCACCACUACCCGGAUCCGGCGGGAUCGGGAGUCCCAACGGGAGCCACCCAUGAAGCCACCGCCGCAGAUACUGUCCACCAAGGCCCUUCGCUGCGCCAAUCCCUAUCUGGAUGAUCAGCCCGCAAGGGAGCGGCGAUCUGUGACCCAGCAGAGCCGGCGAAUGGAGGUCAAGACCACGAAUCGGCAGCGCCCCAUCCCAGUGGCCUUCGGUGGGCAGAACACCGUUGCGCAGCCACAGCCCGCUUUUCGAUCACCUGCUCCGCCCCCCAAUGGCUCCAAAAUCCGGCAGCGUCUGCGCUCCGUCCGCGCCAAGGUCGACUCGUAUCUGUGUCCCCACCUCUCCGGUCCAUCUCCGCCCACCCAGCCAGCAGCUCGACGACCUUGUCGCCCUGUGAAGAACAAUUCCAUGGCAGAGGCCCACGAGCAGCUGGAGCUACUACUCGCUCGUAUCGAACGAGCCAGCGAUUUUCAAACACCCCCACCACCACCGCCUGCCGCCCACCCGAAGAGGCGUGGCCAGACCAAGGUCGCAAAGGGGGCGCGCCGCCAGAUGGCGCAACAUCCGCCAGUUCCAGCCGGUUCGCCAAUUCUCAGCGCCCGGGCAGCCAGCACCACCAAGUCCCAAACAUACCCGAGGAUCGGUGGCGCAGAGAAUCGGAGGACUCGAUCGGAGGAGGAUCACCUGCCCCAUGUCGUACCGCUCGUCCAGAAUCCGCAGCGUCUGCCGUCGGCGAAGCGGGAUGCACUGCUGCAGCUUCUCCAGCGGGCCGAGCAGCACGACAAGGGCAUUGUGGACUUUGUGGCCAGCGCCACCGGAGAUCCCUCCCGGGACACUAUGCUCAUGCUGCUCCAGAUGCUACCCCUUAGCCCGAACGACUCCCCCUAUGCGGAGAAGUUUUGGGAAGGACAACGGUACCUGAAAGAGCGCCAGAAGCUGCAUCAGACAUUGCGACCCGGCGACGAGCGUUUCAAGGAGGUGAAGGUCCUGCGGAGUCCCGAAGGCGAGGUCUUCCCCUCACGCACCCUGGAGGAGGAGCUGAAGGACGAGAAGCGAGUACUAGACAAUAUGGAGGCACAGCUGCGAGGGCAGGGUCCUCCCGGCGAUCGGCAUCCGCUGAAUGAGCGCCAGGAGCAGGCGAUGCGGGAGCGGGAGGAGCUGGAGCGGUACAAGCAGCAGGUGACCAGCUGCCGGGAGCAGCGACGCCAGGAACAGGCCCGAUUAAUCGAGCCGAAGAGCUCGUGGGGCUGUGGUGCAGAUACCCCAAAGGAGCAGGCUUCAAUCCGAGAAAUCCCCUCCAAUAAUCCACCUUCGCCCAGACCCACUGAUCCCUUGAAGCAGCUCCUUCAAGAUCGAGACCGCUUCCAGGCCAACUGCCGGCGAAGCUGCUUUUACAACAACUCACAGAGCUCUGCGCCCUGGAAAAUAUAUGCCAAAGUGGCCAGUAAGCUCAGCUCCCAGCUAAUAGAUAACUUGGAUGCCGAAUUCCAUCGCUGCGUGGCAAAUUAUAUCAAGGACAUUGUAGGCAACAAAUUAACUUAAUAGAUGCAAUUUAUCAGAUUUUACAAAACUGAUUAUUUUUACGAUUUACUAAUCCUCUUUUUACAAAAAUUGCAAGUGUAGUACAAAUUGAAGGAUCUACAAAAUUGUAUAGAAAAAAUAGUUAAUAAAAAAUUAUUGUAUGUAAAACCAGCA